AUGCAGGGAUGGGCAACUUCGGUCUUGGAGGGCAGGUGUCCUGCAGAGUUUAGCUCCAACUUGCUUCAGCACACCUGCCUGAAAGUUUCUGUUAUGCCUAUUAAUACCUUAAUUGGCUGCUUCAGUUGGUGGUUCAAGAAAUAUCCGGAUCCAACGAUGCUUAAGAAAGAAGUCAAGCCUUACUGGAAUCUUUCAGUCAAAGUUUUACAUGGGAAUAUCAAAAUGACAUACGACUACUUUUCUGAAGCUGACUGCUAUGUUAUCUUAAACUUACCCACGGCAUCUGCCCGUACAUAUCGCACCAAGACGAUUGAUAAUAGCAACAAACCUGUAUGGAAUGAAACCUUUCACUUCAGGUUGCAGAGCAAUGUCAAGAAUAUAUUGGAGUUUCAGGUCUAUGACAAUGAUUUGUAUAUGAGAGAUGAUCUUAUUGGCACUGUCCUGUUUGACACUGAUAACCUCACACCAGAGAAGAAGGAGCAAAAAUGUUUCAUUUUAAAUGAUAAGACAAAAGAUGAGCUGUGGGUGGAGUUUGAGAUGACAAAGAGCUCUGAUGUGCCGAGCCCAUGCAUGUCUAAUGGGGUGUUGGUGGCAGGUCCUUUUUGUGAGCUGACAGUGGGGGUAGACAAACUUCUUAAGAACUCUGCAGCGAUACGUAAUAUGGUGUUGAACCUGAAAGGGGGAUAUAAAGAGGAUCAUGUCAUCUCACAAGAGGAGAAUCAGAAAUUUUUUAAGACAUUUUGUUAUUACAUCAACCGAAACCUGGAAACUGAACUUAAUCUAACAGGUGUAAUCCUUGGUGAAAAUGUACGUCAUCGACCCCAACAGGCAUUGUUUACAGAUGUGACAAUUGUGGGAAGUACCCUCAUUGAAGAAACUGAGACUUCUAUCCCUUUAAAAGCACUACCAUCCAAUUACCAAGUUACAGUGUCUUUGCCCCUGGCACAGGAAAAACUUGAUGUGGAGCUGAAAGCGGAAGAUCGUUUUACUGAAGAGCUCGAUGUACGUCUGGAUUUUGAUAUCCCGAAGGAAGAAAAUAAUUUUCUGGUAAAGAGGAGUAAAAUUGUAUCAGAGGCACUUCAGAAGGUUCUGAAUCUCACCACUACACCUGAACCCAGCAAGGUUCCAGUAAUAGCUGUGGUGUGUACAGGAGGUGGGACUCGGGCAAUGACGGGCACCUAUGGAGCUCUUAGAGGUCUGCAGAAGCUCCAACUCCUUGAUGCUGUCAGCUACAUCACAGGGCUUUCUGGCUCCACCUGGACUUUAGCUUCUCUUUAUGGCGACCCUAACUGGUCUAAAAGUGACAUCAUUAAGUUUAUAGAGUCUUCAAAGAAAGAAAUCUCUAAAAGUACAUUCAGUAUAUUUUCCCAUGAGCAGCUGUUGUACUACAAAAAGAAGAUGGAGGAAAGAGGAAAAGAAGGGCAUAUUGUCUCUCUUAUUGACAUGUGGGGUCUAGCUAUAGAGUAUCUUAUUCAAGGAAAGAAACCCUUGGGUACGCUGACUGAAAUGCAGAAGGCAGUGUCAGAAGGCCAAAACCCUUUACCCAUCUUCACAGCUGUUAAUAUGAAGGACGGCAAUUCAGAACGUACAGCAGAGGCCGAAUGGUGUGAGUUCACCCCAUAUGAAGUUGGCAUUUCUAAGUAUGGUGGGUUUGUACCUGCUCAGAACUUUGGGAGUGAAUAUUAUCUUGGUCACCUGGUCAAGAAACUUCCUGAAACUAGUGUGUCCUUUCUGUUGGGAAUAUGGAGCAGUGUUUUCUCUCUGAAUCUGACAAAUAUAUGGGCUGCCGCAACUGGCAUCACCCCCUCAUGGAGCCCAGGGGCUGAAAAGGAAGCGAGUAACACAAAAACUGAUAAUACGCCACAACCACUCAGCAUGUCCGUGGUGAGUCCAGUGGCUGACUCCGCUAAAAUGGUGAGCAGUUUUAUGAACAGUCGGCCAAUCAUCAGCCAGAUGCCCAACUUCCUGAGGGGUCUGCAGCUACACCGGGAUUACAGCGAGAACUCUGCCUUCGUCGCAUGGAAAGAAAAACACGCUGAUGCCUUUCCUAACACCCUGACCCCAGUGGAUUCCCUGCUUAGCUUAGUUGAUGGUGGAUUUGCCAUAAAUUCAGGAUUCAUCCCUGUGUUAGGCUCUCAAAGACAUGCAGAUGUAAUUCUUUCUCUUAACUACUCUUGGGACCAAGACCAGUUUCAAGUCCUGAAGCAAACUUAUGACUACUGUAUUGAUCGCAAGAUUCCAUUUCCAAAGAUUGAUUUCAAAAAGGUGGAGUCAGAGCCGAUACAGGAAGUUUAUGUGUUUGAGGAUCAAGAAAAUCCAGAGGCUCCUAUAGUGAUUCACUUUCCCUUUGUCAACAUCACAUUCAAACAAUUCAAGGCUCCUGGUGUGAAAAGAGUUGGUGAAACGGAACUGAAGGAGGGAGAUGUUAAUGUUAACCUCACUGGUGACUCCUCCCCUUACAUCACUUACAAAAUUACAUACACACCGGAGGACUACGACAAGUUAAUUAACCUCACUUCCUACAACAUCCUAAACAACAAAGAUGUCAUUUUGAAAACGCUGAACCAAGCAGUUAAGAGGAAAUCCAAAAAAAAAAAAUUAAUGUCCUUCAAUGAAGCUGGCUAGCAAAAUCACAAAAGUCUUAGAAACCGUGAUCUGGAUCUUUUUAGUUUUUGCUUUUAAAUGUCCAUCCAGAAAAGUAAUUGAAUCCCUCACUAUGUCAACAGUGUUUAAAUGUAUUAAAGGGGCCAUGGCAUGAAAAUGUUAGCGUUGCCACUUUGAGGGUAAACAAAAAUUAGGUCAUUGAAAUAUGGCUCUCCUUAUGAUGUCAUAAGGAGAUCUUAUUAUAACAAUACCACACCUUAA